UAGCUUCUUCGCAGGAUUAUCAGAUGCGAGGGCAGAGUGUCGACAUCAAGCCAGCCGCUGAAAAUGAGAGCCAGACUUUGCAGGUUCUUAUAAUUCGCUUGUUCGCGUAAAGUAUGUACAAUCCCGGGUCCGGGGACCGGACGGUAAUGGCACCCCGGCGGUGGAGAAACCGAGUGUGGAGAUUUCAUGCGGGGGCUAGAUCAUGUCAUGUCACUUCCACGCCCUUCGGCAAAAAUUGUCUCUGGACUUGGUCCAAUUACUUCAUAAUUCGCACAAAUUCUGAACCACUCCAAAUUACAAGGAAAUAUCAUCGCCGAAAUCUCAGUAAAGCAACCGAUUCAAGACAAUGGCAUCCAGCACGCAGACAAUGGUGGCGGCACCAUCACUCCGCAACGCCCACGGCCCCGAAGACGGCAUUCCUCUCACCUCACUCGUCGGCGCCGCCAACUCAACCCCCGAGAAUGACCCGCCACCCCCCCGCGGCUCCCAUCUCCAAAAAGCCCUAAUAACCUUCCAACUCUCCGGCGUCAACCUAACCUCCAGCAUGAUCAACGGCCUCAUCACCGUCGGCCUCCCCACCAUCGCCGCCGACCUCGACCUCGCGCCCUCGCUAGCCCUCUGGCCAGCCUCGGUGUCGGGCCUCGCAACAGCGACCACGCUCCUCCUAGCGGGCUCCAUUGCCGACGUCCUGGGGUCCCGCGGCGUGGAGCUGCUGGGCUGUUUCGCCAACGGCGCCGUCAUGCUCGGCCAGGGGGCGUCGCGGACCGGCGCCGAGCUGGUCGGCCUGCGCGCCAUCCAGGGGGUUGCGCUGGCGUUGCAUCUCGCCGCGUCGGUGGGCGUCAUCACCGAGCAUGUGCCGGAGGGGCGGGGGCGGAACAUUGCCUUCUCGUGUCUGGGGCUUAGCCAGGUGCUGGGGUUCUCGGUCGGGCUCGUGCUGGGGGGGAUCUUUGUUGAUACCAUUGGGUGGAGGGCCGGGUGGUAUCUUUCCGGCGGGGCGACGCUGCUGCUCGGUGUCUUGGGGCUCUGGGUGCUCCCACGGGGCCGUGAUGGCCGGAAGAUCGGGCAUGUUGUGCGUCAGAUUGCCACGACGGUUGAUUGGGUUGGUGCUGGAUUGGCGUCUGCCUUUAUGGCUCUGCUAUCCUACCUCCUCGCGGUUGUCAGUACCGAUAUCUCACGCAUUCGACACACAGACAGUAUCGUGAUUCUAUGCCUCAGCCUCAUCGUGUUACCAUCAUUCGUAUUCUGGGUCCAUCGCCAGGUCAGAUUGGGCCGGCCUGCUUUAAUUCCCAAUUCGCUCUGGAAGAAUACCGCAUUCUCGAGUAUCUGCAUUACCGUUGCGCUGUCGUCUGCCGUCCUCAACUCCUUAGAGUUAUUUGCUAGCCUGUUCUUCCAAGAUGUGCAACGCCUGCCCGCCCUGCAGGCAUCCAUCCGCAUUUUGCCAAGCAUGCUUAUCGGGGUGGUGCUCAACGUGACGACCGGCUUCUUCGUCGACCGAGUUCCUGCCUUCUGGCUUGUGACGGUAUCCUCGCUCCUCUGUGCCGGCUCGCCUCUGCUCAUGGCGGUGAUUAAACCCGAGUCGACGUACUGGGCCAAUGGCUUCGUGGCGCAGCUUCUGCAGCCCACCAGCUUCGAUGUGCUCUUCACCGUCGGUCUUAUUGUGGUCUCGAACUCCUUCGACGACAAUAACAAGUCACUGGCCGGCGCUGUGUUCAACGCCGCGGCACAAUUCGGCAGUGCCCUCGGGCUCGGAAUCAUGCAGGUCGUCUCAACGCUGGUCACCAAGCAGUCUGGCGCAGAGGGGAUCCGGGCGAUAAUGGAAGGUUUCAGAGCCAGCUUUUGGACCAUGUUUGCCUUCAUGAUCCUCUGUGCGGUGCUAGGAGGGUUUGGCUUGGGGAAGACGGGAAAGGUUGGACUAAAGAGAGACUAGAGCGUUCACAUGGGCAGAGGUUCUGUACGCAAAAUCAAGGGUCCCAUUGACCCUAAAAAUCAAGGGUCCCAUCCCAAAAAUCCAUAGAAACAUUUGAG